AUGCAUGCGGAGGGAUAUUGUAUUUUCCGAUUUAACACCAUAGCUGAUAGAGAUCAAGUCCUACAAUCAGGACCUUACUCGUAUAGGAACAAACCUAUGGUACUGAAACUAUGGGAAGUAGAUUUUUCAUUAAGCAGUGAUGUUCUCAGUACAAUCCCUGUAUGGUUUAGGUUUCCUGGACUGCCAGUGGGAUUCUGGUCGACUGAAGCUCUUAGUAAGAUGGCUAGUGCAAUUGGUAAACCAUUGUACACUGAUAAAUUUACUGCUCACUUUGAGAAGAUAUCUUAUGCUAGAAUACUUGUGGAAAUUGAUGCUGCUUAUCCCUUACCAGAUCAGAUUGAGAUAGAAACACCUUAUGGUCCAAAGAUACAGGCAAUUGAGUAUGACUGGAAGCCUAGUUUCUGUAAUGAUUGCCUAAAAUUUGGACAUGAUACUAUGGAUUGUUGGUAUAACACAAAAUGUGAAGCUGUACAGGGGAUAAAGGAAAGGGAUGGGAAGGAAAUACAGAGAAAUAGAGGAAAAAAGCAGGGGAGAAAUGUGAGGCAGACCUGGAUAGUUAAGCAACCACAAGUGAAUGCAGAUAAUCAGGAAAAUGAGAUGACAGUACAGGAAAUUGCGCAAGUGGUGAGCAAUGUAGCAAGGAUGAAUGAUAGCAAGGAAAGGACACAACAGGCUACUUAUGUGUCAACUGAUCAACAGGAGACUAUUUGUAAGAAUGCUGAGAUGCAAAAGCAGAUUGAAAAGGGCAAAAACAUAGAGAUAAAUGAGAUGGAAGGAAGCAGUGGUCAAAAAAUUGAUCCAGGACCACCAGACCCUCAAAUACACAAAUGA